CAAGAGCCGAACAACCAAGAGAUGCUCGCCCUCUCCAGCACGGCAGCGCUCUCCUUCGCCGGCCCCGGCCUCGCGGGCGUCUCGUCGCGGGCGGGCGGCGCGGCGAUGGUGGCCAAGUCCAAGGCCAUCCCCUUCCUCGACGCGCCGCCGGCGCUCGAUGGCACCAUGGCCGGAGACAAGGGCUUUGACCCGCUGCUCCUCUCGAACGUGGUGCCCAUCCAGUGGGCGCGUGAGGCGGAGCUGAAGCACGCGCGGAUCUGCAUGCUCGCUGUCGUCGGCUGGGUGACUGUCGACCUGGGCUUCACUGUGCCGUACGCGCCGCAAGUGUCCUCGCUCGCCGCGCACGACGCUGCUGUCGACAAGGGCGUCUUCCUCGGCCUGCUGAUCCCGAUCGCGCUCGUCGAGGUGCUCGCCGGCAUCCCGAAGUGCUUCCAGAUCAUGAACGAGCCCGACGCCUCCCCCGGCGGAGACUACAAGUUUGACCCUCUCGGCAUCGGGGCCUCCGCCGAGAUGCAGGAGAAGGAGAUCUCCAACGGCCGCCUCGCCAUGCUCGCCUUCUCCGGGAUCGUCACGCAAGCCGCGCUGACACAGGGCCCCUUCCCGUAUACGUACAACGGCGUCGAGGACCUCGUCCCGCCGAUGCAGUCCGUGCAGGGCGCUCUUAGCAUCCUGUGAGCAUCGGACUUCAGAGAUGCUGAGCGCCGGUGUCGCUGCCGCGGACAAAUGUGGCCGCGGUCUGUCGCCCCAACCUUUGCGUGCGCAUACGCUGGCGAUCUUUAGUCGUUGGUGGGUAGUGUCCACUCUCGGUCCUGCGAUUGUCUCCUUUGGCUCUAAACAAACCCGGUUUUCGA